AGGCUACGAAUAGCGUAAUUGAACACUUCAAGAUGUUCCACAGAAAUCCAUUAGUUGGCAGUAAAGUGGCACAUAUGCGAUUAAACGCAGAGGAAGACCAGUGUCAGCUGAUUGGAGAACAUCAGGUUUCGUUCUUGUACUUUUCUUCUGCACUCCUGUCCAGACGCGGUUUAUCGAUCCUUGGCGAUGACCCGGACGCACCAAUAACGAGCAACCCGCUUGGUAUUAACCCUACUGGCGGGUUCAAUGUAGGUGACUCUGUGUGUCUGUGUGGGGGGGUGCGCGUGCACGUCAGCGCCUUCGGGGUGCGGUAUGGCGCGCGGCUCCUUGCGGUGUCACUGCAAACCCGCGGAGGAGCGUUGAAGGCUGUCGCUUUGCUUCCAGUGGCAGGAGAGAUGGCGCUGCUAAUGGAGCACCAGUUCAGACAGAUGCCAGCUGACAGACAGGUGGAAACGAGACCUUUCCUGGAGGCUGUGUCAUACCUUCCGCCAUUCUUUGACUGCCUUGGCUCGGCUAUUUUUGCCCCAAUAAAGGCCGACAUAUCUGGUAACAUCACAAAAAUCAAGGCGGUUUACGAUACCAACCCAGGGCGGUUCAAAACGCUGCAGCACAUUUUGGAGGCAGAGAAGGAAAUACAUGGAGCAGAGUGGCCAAAGGCUGGAGCAACGCUGGCUCUUCUGUGGCUUAAAAGGGGUCUACGGUUUAUUCAAGUCUUCCUACAGAGCCUGGUAGAUGGUGAUAAAGAUGAUAGCAACCCGAACCUCAUUCGAGUCAAUGUCACCAAAGCUUAUGAAAUAGCCCUUAAAAAGUAUCAUGGCUGGUUUGUGCAACAGCUCUUCAAGGCAGCUCUUUACGCUGCUCCAUAUAAGACAGAUUUCCUGAAGGCCCUCUCCAAGGGUCGGGAUGUCAAGGAAGAGGAAUGCUUGGAAAAAAUCAGAAAAUUCCUCGUCAACUUCACUGCCACUGUUGAUGCUAUUUAUGAGAUGUACAGUAAGCUGAAUGCUGAUCUUGAUUACACAGUGUGACAGCAAGACGUUACGCUUUACUCCAAUGAUCCGCUUAGCUAACAAAGCAAUUUACAUUCUGCUCUCUGCAAUCCACACUUUGACCUGGCUCCCGGUAGGUCACCUAGAACCUUACUGUGGGAGUGAAUUUACAAUACUCUGUGUUACACGUCAAAUAUCUGCACACUUUGACUCAUCGGUGGGCCUAUUCUGGCAAACUCGUUAGGCCUUUUUGCCUCCAACUCUGGGGCUAGUUUCUUAAAGCAGCUGAUGAUUUAAACCCAGUACUUCUUUGUUCGUCACAUAAUCACGUUCAUCGUCAUACGAUAAUUGCACCAAGAAUCAAUGUUUUUGAACGGUUUAGGGAAGAGAGGGAGGGGUCUGAUGUUAACGGUUUUAUUGAGCCAGAUCAUUAUCAGCAAAGAAUAACAAAAAUAUCUUUACUUCUCGUGGAUUUUAGAUUUACAAUGUUGGGGUUCAUCAUCCUCACAUAAGAUAAGGGCGGCACUUCAUAUCAUACAAAACAAUAAUUAAAAAUGGGGUUUCACUGGGGUUUCUUUGAAGUUAAACAAGCAAGAUUCAAAUCAUUUAGAUGAUAUGAAACAAUGUGGAAAAGACGUCAGCGGUUUUCAUCGUACACAGAAAAUCCUGUGUACUUGUCCAGUAUUUGGAGUAUAUAUUGUAGUUUUUAGUAUUUAAUGAACACUUUUAUUCAUGAGUAAUGAUAUAAUCAUUAUUUAUUUAGUAAUACGAAAUACAUGUCAAUAUAAUGUCUUUUCUGCAUAUUUUAAAAAAAGCCCACUUAGUACAAAAAGUUGUAAGCAAGAUUGUAAACAGAUUUUUAUAGUGCACACCUGUUUGUGCCUUGAGCUGAAACUACAGAGCAUUUAAGUAAAAAUUACCGCUUUUCUGCCUUUUGUCCUUCAUAUUUUUUAUACAUGUCACUUUUUGUAAACCAGACAGGCUGAUUAAGAACAAGUAGUUGUAUUAUUACUGAAAGUGUGGUCUCUUUUAUAUUUCCGUAUCUAUGCAAGAUUUCAAAAGCUUUCCAAUUAUUCUUCCAAAGCAGUGCCUCAUCAGCACUCAGUGCCUUCUCCGGCCGCUCUGCUCUCAGGUUCUCACCUAAAACUAAAUGUGAAUUGCAUUUAAACCUUUCACCUUUGUCCAGUGGAUAUAAAGUGUUGCAAUAUCUUUUCUUCCUUUUACAGGGUUGGUAUCAUUUUCCGUUUCUUGGCAAAACUAUAUUAAAUGUGAUAUUUUGACAGCAAAUCAACCUUGAAUCACUGUUGUCAGUAUGUUUUGAGUUCAUGUGCUGAAACGCUCUUCUGAUUUGUCUCUUGUUGCUGAAAUGAUGUUGCAGUGGAUGUAUAGUGGAAAAUAACAAAGCUUGUUUGUUCAAUUUAUCUAACCAUAUAAUUUACAAUAAAAUAUGUGCAACAUUUAA